CUAUAUUUUGAAUUCCUCAAAAAUUUCAAUUGCCGUUAUUCAAUUUGAAUUUCCUUUCCCCAAAUCAUAGAUCCCCAAAUGAAGGAACCUCAAAAAUUUCAAUUGCCGUUAUUCAAUUUGAAUUUCCUUUCCCCAAAUCAUAGAUCCCCAAAUGAAGGAACCAAUUCCCGUCGGCACCCUUCCGCCUUUCUCACGCCGGAGACUACACUCCAUCACCGGUCCGAUUUCUCCCCAAACAAUUCGACGCAGCCUCCGUUCGGUCGAUUAAAGCUAUUUUGAAUUCCUCCCAAAUUUCAAUUCCGCCUGACCAUGACCGCCCACCGCUACUGCCGUCGGUCAAUAGCAGCCGGCACUGACUCUCCUUUGCGCAUACACUCGUUGGACUCGCUUGCAGACAGCGGCCUCCGUCCCUUCGGAGCCGCUCCCUCCGUUCCAGUUGCACUCUCCUCGGUCUGGAAUCGCUGACGUCGCGCACACCAGCCGCCGCGUCGCAAGGCUGUCAUGCCAUCAGUCCAUCCGUCGGAUAUCAGGUGCCGCCGAGCGGUGAGAGGCACUCGAGAAUCCACCGAGCAGUCGCUGCCGUCGGGGUCUCACUUCGGUUGGUGUCAUUCUCCAACCAUAUCGGCUGCACUGUCAAUUUCGUUGGACUGCCGUGGACUUCUCGGCUUAGGAAAGACUUUCUGUUUGAGUCAGAUUGCAGAGCUGCUGUGUACCAAUCCUGUUGCGUUUGAGGCUACUGAGAUAAUUCAAUGAAAAACUACUGCCAAAUCUUAUGAUACUCUACACUUGUUGGUACCUGAUAAAAUUGGGGUUGGAAUUGCUUUGUCUAAUUCUGAAGAACACAAUAUCACCACGAUACCAGGAUGUGUGGAAAGACUUUCUGUUUGAGUCAGAUUGCAGAGCUGCUGUGUAUCUGGGAUGUACUCAUAGAAACUAAUAGGGUUGUUGCAAAAGUUGUUAUUUAUGUUAUAGAUAUUGUUAUUGCUAUUUACAUGUCAGAAUGCACAUGUUGGAAUCACAUGAUUAUUGCAGUUGACUUGGAAAAAUUUGCAAGGAAUCUUCCUCUUCACCUUAUCGCAACGAUUAUGGUUUGGGAAAGGGAAAAAUCCACGUUCAAGUAUUUGCUAUGUGGAAUUCUUCAGUUGCAUUCCAUGUGUGAUCUUGCCUCCCGGGUGCCCAAAAUUGAACAGAUAUUGCUUGAUGAUGUGAAGAUAUCGGAACAACAACUGAUUGACCUGGUCUUUUAUCUGCUAGUUCUACUUGGAGCAUACAUACAGUACCAAGAGGUUGCUCUAGCAUUGACUGCAUAUUACAAGGUGUACAUAUGCAAAGAGGCAGCAUUUGCUGCUGUUUGUUUAGAAGUCAAGUAUCUGUGGACCAAUGAUUCAUCUAGAAGUGUAUCCCCUACUACUGAAGAGACAUUGAAUCACCUCGGCUGCAGUGUGAUUCUUCUCUUCAAUUUCUACAGUCCCUGUGUCAGCAAAAGUUGUUUCGGGAAUGCAUUGUUAACAAACAGGUUAUUUAUAAGUCAAUUUGAGUCCUGAAUCGUUCGUGCUGCAUCAGAAGAUCAUUUAUUCCAUGAGCUUGGGAAGUGGUGGAUUGCAGGAGCAACUAGCUUCCUGUGUUGGACUCGGCCCUGAUGAAAAAAGGAGUAGCUCUACUUCUCAUUUUUGUAGUCGUCAAAAUCAUGGUCUUUGAGGAUUCUGGUAACUCUACUUCUCAUCUUUUUCAGGUGUUGUUCGAGCCCGUAUAUACUCAACUUGGGAUUCUUCCUACUUAUACAUGAGUGCCUAGCUGCUAUUUAUUUUCAUUCAUGCCUGAUAUGUUGAUUUUUAUAGAGAAUUUAAAUGUGAAUUGACAUGUUAUGAUUAAGAGUAAAUUUCCGAGAGGUUGUCUCACAGCUCUCUAAUCUGUGCAUCUCCCUAGUUUUUAAUGAUUUCAUACACAUCACCAGUCGAUAAACAAAGGAUAUUAGCUUCAUAAAUAUCCAAAAAUUUCCCUAGUACUAUGCUACUUUGUAGUGAGGACGAAAAACUUCCACGAACAGUGUUUCACCACUUGUUAUUUGUGUGUGCAUGCAAGAUUUUCUCUCUAUUGAUUGUCACUACUUUCACCAUUUUUUUAUGGGUUAUUAGUGUAGACUUCGUUUCUCUCGAGGGUUGGUCUGUAAACUUCUUGUUGUUUACUAACUUCUGGAGAACUAGGUUUCCCGUGCUUCAGAUACAGUGACAAUAAUGUUCUUUGGUGCCCGAUUUCUUGAGCUAAGGAGAGAGAACUAUUCCGGUUUUGAAAAAUUAAUUCAAAAAGCCAUACGGCCGAUCAACUGAAUGAGAGCUUUAUGAGUUGCAAUCUUGUUGAUAUUGGUGCAUAAAAAUGAUUUAGGCAAUAGGACUAAAAGCCUCAUAUCCAAAUUAUCACAUGCCUAACCCUACAUAAACCACUAGUGAGCCGGUUUGAGCCCCAAAAGCCUAUUUUCUUUGUUGAAAAUUUUGAAGUCACUAUAUUAGCCUACUUAUUAUAUCCGUUUGUUGGCCUAUAUUUUCUACCCUAGUCACUAAAAUUAAAGUGCUAGCACAUUAUUAUUGGGAGGGUAUUUAUGGUGGCAAGGAAAAGAUGGAAGUCCUGGAACAUUCAUUAGGUGGUAUUCAUUUAUAUUGAGAUACAAAUGAAAAAAACUGUCUCUUCAAACAAAAGUAAAAUAAAAAGGCAGCCUUUAAUGUGUAUAAAAAAGCCAAGGCUUGAAAAAAUAAAAAAUAAAAAGGCAGCCUUUCACGUGUAAAAAAAAGCCAAGGCUAGAAAAAAAAUAAAAUAAAAAGGCAGCCUUUCAUGUGUAAAAUAAAAAGCCAAGGCAAGUAAAAAAAAUAAAAUAAAAAGGCAGCCUUUCAUGAGUUAAAAAAGCCAAGGCCAGAAAAAAGAAUAUCGAGCGAAAAACAGAAAUAUGCUCAAAAGAAUAAGAUCACUUGGUUUAGAAGGUAGAAAAAUCUCAAGUUUGGGGUGUUGAGCUGUCAGAAUUUUGUAUUUUAGUGAGAUGGGAAGGAUGUUGUGAGGGAUGUGCUAGUAUUUUAAGAAUAGUGAUAAGCUACUUAUCCAAAUAUGAUCACACCUUUACCAAAAGCCCCGUUACAUCCAAAUGAAAAGACCUUUUGAUUUAUGCAUCAUAUUGACUUGUGAGCGAUGAAUUUUGCUUGAUUUUGGGAGAAAGAUCUUAUGUGCUUAAAAUAAAGAAUAGCUGGAAGAACUUCUCUUUAUGAAUUAGCGACGAUGGUUUGAGACUCCCAAGACAUAAAUCGAACUUACAUUGAAGCAUUGGAUGCCUAGCUCUUAGGGAAUUAGUUCGUGUACAAUUCUUGUUCUAAAAGUCUUACUCGCGAGUGAAUUCGGGCUCAACCUAGUUUCUCUAAAUGAUUCGUGUGAUUUGACGUGACUUGAAGUAGAGGAUUAUCUAAUUUCUUGUGAAUGUGCUUAUUUAUCUAACUUGCUUGAGGGCGAGCAAGACUUAUGUUUGGGAAGUAUUUGAUGUGUGUGGGUAAUUGUUUAAACAUUUAUUCCAGCAAGUUGAAGGGUAUAAAGUUGCAACCAAUAUUUGCUUCAAUAUUCAAACAUUUAUUUACUUUAGUUCGAUAUUUAGUGUGUCAUUUCAUACUAAAGCCAUCAAUGAAAAACUACUGCCAAAUCUUUAUGAUACUCUACACUUGUUGGUACCUGAUAAAAUUGGGGUUGGAAUUGCUUUGUCUAAUUCUGAAGAACACAAUAUCACCACGAUACCAGGAUGUGUGGUUAGUUAUUCUCUUCUUUGUACAUACAUUUAGACAUAAUUUUUUUGUUUGCUGUAGGAAGUGGAAUACAUACAACAGUUUAUUAUUUUUAUCUCCUUGGAAUUCUUCUACUUGUUGCACUAAACCUUAACCCUUUUCUUGGCUGUAUUUAGGAAAGACUUUCUGUUUGAGUCAGAUUGCAGAGCUGCUGUGUACCAAUCCUGUUGCGUUUGAGGCUACUGAGAUAAUUCAGCAUAUUCUUGUGCUACUCUUAGUCGAUUUGAAGGCCUCUCUAAGCAUUUAGAUUCGUUCUUGCAAAUGUUAUCUCUCGUGGAACUAAAGUGUUUUCCGUGAUAGUUCCUACUGCAUAAAUAGACUAGAAAGUACUUAGUCGAUCCGAAGGUCGAGGGUGGUAGGGGGCGACUGAGUUCUUAACUUAAAAGAUGAGGGGGAAAGGGUGGAAAACUGAAGGCACAAGUCUAUUUAUUGAUUUUUGAGCUUGCUUUGUGAUCUUUUGUUUCUUGGUUGUUGCGCCUAUAUUUUUCCUACUUAUUUAAUUCAUUCUUUGCUGCAUUUUGCAGUUUUAUAA